AUGGCAUCUCCUUUGCGUUCACCCCCAUUAGGUGUCGCAUCCGUCUUUGGACAGUCGGGCUCUCUGGCUUUGCCGGCAAUAGCUACAGCAUGCGCAUGUCUGCCUUUGAUCUUCUUUUGUGCUCUUUCUCGUAUCCUCAGUCGUGUCCUUGCUCGCAAAUGGAGCUUCCAAGAUUAUCUCUUUUGCUUCACCUUGGUGAUCAGUAUUGCGUUCAUCGCCUACUCGAUACCUUUAACUCUCGCCGAGCCCUUCGGGUACCAUGUCUGGGACAUUGAUACUCGCCAUUUGACCAAGCCUUGGAUGCUUCGAUUCUUAACGUUCGCUAUUUUCACUGGUCCAGUGCUAUGGUUUAGCAAAACUAUGGUCAUUGCACAUCUGGUACAUGUCUUCACAUCCGUAAGAUGGUUCAAGAACACUGGAUACAUAAUCGUCGUAGCGACCGGAAUGAUAUAUGGACUCUACACGUGCACUACCAGCAUUGCAUGCUCCCCGAAGCCAGACGAUGACCUCGAUUCUUACAUCAACGGCUUCCGUCAAAGGACCUGCUCUGGGAGAGGAGGGGCGAAUAUGGCUGUGGGCAUGCUCAUGGCACUGAUUAAUUCGCUCGCCGAUUUCUAUCUUUUGAUCGCCACGUUCGUCCUAAGCCCAUCUAUGAACGUCACGGUUAAGGAAAGACGAGUCAUCUGGCUUAUGCAUUUCGUAGGCAUAGUGGCUUCCGUCUGCAGCAUUCUGGGCCUGGUCUAUCGGAUCAAAGCUUUCCAGGAUGCCGAUCUUACCGGCUACCAAAUUCCCAUCAUUGUCGCGUUGAUUUUGGAAGUCUCCAUCAGCCUGAUGAUUCCCUGCAUGUCCAGCUUCUACCAGAUCUAUCGCCACUACACCUACGUCGAGAUCAACGAGAGAACCACAAUCGGCACACCUAGCCCGCGUUAUCAAAGCUCGCUCUCGUACUAUAAAAGCCCCUCGCAUACAAAUCCAUCCACACCCACACCAGACCCGAAAACAAGCUGGCGCAAAACGCACAUGAGCGUUGAAGAAUUACCCUUCCGGAGAGCCUCGGCGGAGUUUUACCGGAAAAGUCCGCUCGCUCUCCACGACGUCCGAGACUCGCGCAUGAAGAGACUCCCACCAACUCCGCUGCCAAUGGCGUCGCGGAAUAAUUCAGUUGCAGAGAGAAUCGAGGGUUCGAAAGGACCGAAGACGCCGAAGACGCCAAAAACGCCUAAUAGCGCUCGAAGUAUGCGUCUUCCCAUCCUCUUCGAACGUCGGUAG